AUGCACAAGCAUCACUGGCAUGAGCAGCACAGGCACGAGCAGCACAGGCACGAACAGCACGGGCACAUGCACGAGCAGCACAUGCACGAGCAUCAUGGGCACGAUCAUCACGGGCACGAGCAGCACAGGCACGAGCAGCACAGGUACGAGCAGCACAGGCACGAACAGCACGGGCACAUGCACGAGCAGCACAUGCACGCGCAUCACGGGCACGAUCAUCACGGGCACGAGCAGCACAUGCACGAGCAGCACAGGCACGAGCAGCACAGGCACGAGCAGCACAGGCACGAGCAGCACAGGCACGAUCAUCACGGGCACGAUCAUCACGGGCACGAUCAUCACGGGCACGAGCAGCACAUGCACGAGCAGUACAUGCACGAGCAUCACGGGCACGAGCAUCACGGGCACGAGUAGCACAGGCACGAGCACCGCGGGCACGAGCAGCACACUGGCACGAGCAGCACAGGCACGAGCAGCACAGGC